CUGUGGGAGGGGACGUCAGAGCGAGGUGGUGAGCCGAGCUGGUCGCGUGAGGUGUGGCGGCUCCGCUUCUAGUGUGACCGGUGGCUACGGCCUUGUCUGAGAGCGGAAGAGCCAGUGCUUUGAGUGCGGUCACCAUGGACCGCCCGGAUGAGGGGCCUCCGACCAAGACCCCCCGCCUGAACAGCUCGGAACCCCGUCAGCGCGACCUGCCGCCCCCGCCACCCCCACCGCUCCAGCGACUGCCCCUGCCUCCACCGCAGCAGCGUCCGAGACCCCAGGAAGAAACCGAGGCUGCACAGGUGCUGGCUGACAUGAGGGGGGUGGGCCCCACGCUGCCCCCACCACUGCCCUAUGUCAUUCUUGAGGAAGGGGGGAUCCGCGCGUAUUUCACCCUGAGUGCUGAGAGUCCCGGAUGGGAUCACGCGAUGGAGUCAGGGUUCGGGGAGGCCCCUUCCACAGGGAUCAUGGAAACGCUCCCAUCUUCAGAAAUCUCUGGGGAAAGCCUGGCAAUCGACUUUCAGGUCGCAGAGCCCAGCAGCCUUGGAGAGAAGGCCCUAGAAACCUGUAGCUUAGAAGGGUGGGGGCCCCAGAUGUUAGUUGAUCCGAAGAGGAAGGAGGAGGCUAUCAUAAUAGUGGAAGAUGAGGAUGAGGAUGAAAAGGAAAGUGUGAGGAGGCGGCAGCGUCAGCGUCGGAGGAGGAGGAGGAGGAGGAGGAAGCAGAGGAAGGCGAAGGAGAGCCGAGACAGGAGUGCCCAGAGGAUGGAAAGCAUACUGCAGGCCCUGGAGAGCAUUCAGAUGGACCUGGAGGCGGUGAACGUCAAGGCAGGGAAGGCCUUCUUGCGUCUCAAACGCAAAUUCAUCCAGAUGCGAAGACCCUUUUUGGAGCGCAGAGACCUGAUCAUCCAGCAUAUCCCAGGCUUCUGGGUCAAAGCAUUCCUCAACCACCCCAGAAUUUCAAUCUUGAUCAACCAACGUGAUAAAGACAUUUUCCGCUACUUGACCAAUCUUCAGGUCCAGGACCUCAGACAUAUCUCCAUGGGCUACAAAAUGAAGCUGUACUUCCAGACAAACCCAUACUUUACAAACAUGGUGAUCGUCAAGGAGUUCCAACGCAACCACUCAGGCCGGUUGGUGUCUCAUUCUACCCCAAUACGUUGGCACCGGGGCCAGGAACCCCAGGCCUAUAAUCGCAGGAGCCAUGACACCAGAGAAAGCUUCUUCAACUGGUUUUCCAAUCACAGUCUCCCAGAAGCUGACAAAAUUGCUGAGAUCAUCAAGAACGACCUGUGGGUUAACCCAGUACGCUACUACAUGAGACGAGGUGGCUACAGAACAAGCAGAAAGAGGCAACUAGGGAAGGAAAGUAGAGCCAAGCAUCAGUAUGAAAUGGUGAUCAUGGAAGAUGUGCAUGACCAUUAUGCAGUUGAAGACAUUCUCAGUGAAAUCUCAGAAACUGAUGAGAUCACUGACAAUGAGGCCAUUCCCGACAUCAAGAUCUCUGACUUCAUGGAGACCACCGACUACUUUGAGACUACUGAUAAUGAGGUAACCGAUACCAAUGAGACCCCAUGCGACAGUGAGAAUCCUGACCACAGUGAGGGCUACAGCACCAAGAUCACUGACAACAAAGGGAGCGUUGCCACAAACCCAGAUGACAACCGUGACAACCCAGAGGAAAAUACCUAUGACAGUGAGGAUUCCAAUAGCGAGAAAGAUGAUGGUGACAACCAGCAGGUUACUAAUAUCCAAGAGAGCAGUGAUAGUGACAAUGGAGAUGAGGGCAGUGAUGACGAAGAUGAUGACGGUAAUGAGGGGGACAAUGAGGGCAGUGAUGAUGAUGACGACAUUGAGGGUGACAAUGAGGGCAGUGAUGAUGACAGGGACGUUAGAUACUAUAAGAAUGGCACCGAAGUCUUUGACAAGGCUCUGGAUAACCGCACCAACCGGGAUGAAUAUGAGGAGGAGGUAGAACUCAUCUCUGAAGACUCAAUUGAGGAAGAAGAGGAAGAGACCAGUGAGGAAGCUAGCGAGCUAAGUGAGGACAGCUAUGAAGAUGAACGAAUCUAUGGGGCAGAAGGAAGUGGAGGGAACUCUGAAGAUUCUGAUGUCCAGGAAGUGCUGCUGGUCCCAAAAGCUUGGGCCGGCCUGGGGAAGAAAGGGAAAAUCGGAUAAACAUCUUGCCCUUUAGGGGCCCUCUCUAUACCCCUAUACCCUAUCCCAUUUGCCCUCCUCUUAAGCUAGGGCUGUGCGGCCCCAUAUUGCACUUCUGGGGGGGGAGACCGACUUAUUACACGGGUUUAAAGUUUAUUUUUAUGGUUUAGUAAUUGCAGAGUUCUUAUUUGGAGGAGGGACCACCCUCCCCUUCGGCCCUCCUCCACUGCAGGCUUCUGUGUGCUGCUAAUCUUAUUUAUUGUGAUGCCUUGGUCAGGGCCCCUCUAGCCCCCUUCUCGUGAGCUUAGGCCCAAGAGCCUCUCUCUGUGCUGCGUGAACAUCCUAUCUCUAAGCGAGAAGGGCCGCUGUGACCUUCGUCACAACUGCACUGUGGCCUCAGACUCUGCUACCACCCCCUUCUCCCGAGUUUCUCUCCAACCCCUUUCUUCCCUUCGACAGCCCUGACUGCUAGCCCGCCUCAGUGGCUUUGCAAGGCAGCUUCGCCUUUGUGGUAUCCUGCUCCCCAGAAGCCCCGCCCCGUUUCCCGUGACCCUUGACGAGUCUAAUAAAAGUGAGCAAAUUCAAA